UGGAAAAGGAACAGAUUUUAUUUGUUGCAAACAGCGUCUGAAGGGCAAUCUGUUGGUCAGAAGAGGAAGUCAGAGGAGAGUUAUUGUGGAGGAGGCUUGUUUGGAACAGAGAUCAAAGAUAGACUUUCUGAGAGAAAGGCAUGACACCUGCAAAGGAAAUGCUGUUUCUGCAACUUCCAUUGUUACUGGUUCUCCUCCCAGGUGGUAACAAUGAAGAUGGUGGGAAUUCUGGAAAUUACCCAGCCUUGAAUGAGUCGAACUGCCUCCUUAUUAUCAAGACCUUUUCCUUUUACAACCAUUCCAAGGUACAACAUCUGAGCUCAGGCUGGUUGGAUGGAUUUGAGGUAUAUGGCUGGGACAGAAGCUCAAAAAAUUUCACUUUCCUGCUCCCUUGGUCCAAAGGCAACCUCACCAACAAGGAAUGGGAAGAACUGAGAAGCUAUUUCAGUGUGUUCUCCUCUGUAUUUCCUCUAGUAUUACACAGCAAAGUCAAGGAAUGGCAGCUUGAAUACCCCUUUGAGAUACAGAUUGCUGCAGGUUGUGAGUGGCACUUUGGAGAAGACUUAGUAAACUUCAUUCGGAUUGCUUAUGAUGGAUCAGACCUCCUGAGCUACCAGAACAACUCAUGGGUGCCAUCUCCAAAGGGUGGAAGUAGGGCUCAGCAGGUCUGGGAACUACUUGAAAAAUCAAAAAUCAGCCAGGAAAUAACAGAUGGGAUCCUUCCUGACAUCUGCCCCCGCUUACUCUUAAGUCUUCUUGAUGCAGGAAAAGCAGAUCUGCAACGACAAGUCAAGCCCAAAGCCUGGCUGUCUAGUGGCCGCACUCCGGGGCCUGGCCGGUUACUCCUGGUGUGUCACAUCUCUGGUUUCCACCCAAAGCCUGUGUGGGCUGUGUGGACACGAGGCAAGCAGGAGCAGCCCAGCAUGCAGCGAAGUGAUGUCCUGCCCCAUGUGGACCACACAUGGUAUCUGCGGGUCACCUUGGAAGUGGCGGCCGGGGAGGCUGUGGGCCUGGCUUGCCGGGUGAGGCACAGCAGCCUAGGAGGCCAAGACCUCCUCCUGUACUGGGAACAGAACCACUCAAAGGACCUGACCAUUUUGGCAGUGAUGGUGCCCCUGGUGCUUCUGAAAGUGGGACUCCUGUUCUGGUCUAGAAAAUACUGGAAAUGCUGUGGGCUUCAGCCUAGUUCUUCUUUCCCUUUGGAAUGAGACCCUAGUCCUCAGUGGAAAAUUACAUUUCUCAACAGACUAGGUGGCUACCUUUCAGCAAGUGCCUUGAAGACCCUCUUGUGCUUGAUUUCUGCUGAAAUAUCAACUAAACGCAGUUUUACAGGAUUUUUUGUUCUGGCCUGUGUCCUGGGACAAUGAAACUCAAACAUCAUAUGGAAUAAAGUACUACUCACUUCCACUUAUUCAAAUAUAGAUAGACCUAUUACAUAUGUCACUUCCUCCAAGGAGUCUUCUGUAAUUUACAAGGGAACUGGUCUUUGCCUCAGUAGAAAUCCCUUCAGUAUUAAUUAUCUACCCGUUGUUGAAACUAUAUUGAACUCUUCCCCAUAUAAUUUUAAGCCUUGUGAGACUAAAGGCCAUGCCAUUUUAAUAUUUAUAUCCUUGGCAUUCAACUUAUACCACCUUUGUAGUACUUUUUCCUCCUCCUCCUUUUUUUUUUGUUUUGCCAUUAAUAACAUUAUUAUGUGGUUGAGACAUCUGAUUUUUUUCAGUAGCUGUUAUUCCUACAAAAUUUAAUUAAAUGACUUUAUUUAUGAAUGUGUUUUGUUUGUUGGCUAAUUAAAUCUGAUCUGGAGUGGCUGAUUAAGUUGUGGUAUAUAUACACAAUGGAAUACUACUCAGCUAUUAAAAAUGGUGAUUUCACAGUUUUCUGCCCAUAUUGGAUGGAACUUGAAGAAAUCAUGUUAAGUGAAAUAAGUCAGAAACAGAAGAAUGAAUAUGAGAUGAUCUUACUCUCAGGCAGAAGUUGAAAAACAAGAUUAGAAGAGAAAACAUAAGUAGAACCUGAACUGGAGUUGGCGUAUUGCACCAAAGUAAAAGACUCUGGGGUGGGUGGGUGAGGGGGGGAAAGUACAGGUCCAAAAAGGAUGACAAAGGACCUA